AUGGCCCAAACGCUUCCCCGUUCGGAGCCGUCGUUCUCGUCUCGCUCGUGCCGCGCCUCCGCGAACGUCGGGAUGCGCCGCCUCGCGUCCCUCGCGCGCGGCGCGCUCCCACGCCGCGCGGCGACGGCCGCGCGCGGCGGCGACCGCGGCCACCGCGGCGGGUCCGCGCGAUGGACCAUCCCGGGCCGAUCGUCGUCGUCGUCGUCUAUCGUCGCGGAGUUCACCUCCGGCGGAUCGCCCCCGUCGUCGAACGGCGGCGGCGCCGCAGGGCACGGGCAGCACCGGAACGCCGCGCGCGCGUCGGGGGUGGACCCUCGAUCCGCGUCGUUCGCGUCGCGCGCGGCAGCGGAGGCGCCGUCGCGCCGGCGAACGGCGCCCGCGGCGAUCGAAGAGUUGGGUCCUCCCGCCGACGCCGCCGCCGUCGCCGCCGCGCCGCCGCCGCCGCCGCCGGGGCCUCGACAAAACGCGAAACCGACCGCGAUCGUCGGGGAAACGCUCACCGGCGAGGUCAAGCGCAUCACCUUCCACAACCCGGACAACCACUACACCGUCGCGCGGCUCGCGGUGUGUAAGGACGACGUCGCGGCGCUCCCGAUCGGCGCCACCGCGGUGACCAAGGGCGGGCGCGGAGCGAAGUAUCAAAAGCGCAAGACUAAAAAGGACGCCGGCGGCGCGGGCGGCGCGAAAGAGGCUGUGAUCACGAUCACCGGGUACAUCCCCAACGUCGCGGAGGGUCUGAACCUGAGGCUCACCGGGGACUGGCGCGACGACGAGAAGUGGGGCACGCAGUUCGUCUUGAACGCCUCCCCCGAGGAGCUGGCGCCCCCGACGGACGAGCCGGCGAUGCUUCGGUACCUCUCCGGCGGCGCGCUGCCCGGGUGCGGGAAAGUCACCGCGGAGAGGCUCGUGACGCACUUUGGGGCGAGGACGUUCGAGGUGUUGGACUCCCCGGACGCGACGCGAGAGCUGACGCGGUGCCCGGGCGUCGGCGCGAAGACGGCUGAGAAGCUGAAGAAGAAUUGGGACGUCACGCGGGGGCGACGCGGCGCGACGGCGUUCCUCGAAGAACACGGGGUGUACCCCGCGCUCGCGCAGCGCGUCGCGGCCAAGUACGGCGCGAACACCGAGGAGGAGGUCAAGAAGGAUCCGUUCGAGGCGCUCUACAUGCUUCGCGGGGCGACGUUUCAUCGGGCCGACGCGCUCGCGGCGAGGCUCGGAAAAUCGGCGGACGAUCCCGCGAGGCUCGCCGCCGCGAUGCUUCAGGUGCUGAACGUGAACGCGUCGAGCGAAGGCCACGUGUACUUGCACUGGAGAGAGAUGCGCGACGGCGUCGCGAGGUUGCUAGGCCCGAAGCAAGCCGCGGGGUUGCAAAAGGGCGCGCUCGUGGCCGCCGCGGACGAGCUCCUGGCCAAGAAACGAAUCAACCGCAUCGUCGCGCCCGCGAAGGGCGCCGACGAGGCGGCUUCCGCGUCCGACGACGAGCACGAUGCGUCCUGGGCGCGGUACGGGGUGUUCGCCGCGGUGUUGUACGACGCGGAGGCCCACGUCGCGAAGGACAUCGCGCGUCGUCUGAAGAUGCAGAAGCGCGCGCCGGACGUCCCGCGCGUGCGUCGGUGGCUCAAAGCCGCCGCCGAGAGGGAAGGGUGGCGCCUCCUCUCUCCCGCGCAAGAAGCGUUCCUCGACCUAGCGCUCCGCGAGCCGAUCAGCGUCCUGACCGGCGGUCCCGGGACGGGGAAAACGUUCGCGGUGCACAUCGCGGUGAGGCUGUGGCGCGCGAUGGGACGCAAGGUGCUGAUGUGCGCGCCGACGGGCCGAGCCGCGCAGAGGCUCGCGGAGAUCGCCUCCGCCGGCCGCUCGAUGUCGUCGCCCGUGCAGUCGUCCACGAUCCAUCGCCUCCUCGAGCAGCGCGCCGGGAAGAGAGGCGGCGCGGGGGAGGAGGACGACGACCCGUCCGACGCUCUCGAGUUCGCGUGGAAGGGCAAGUUUGCUCGAUGCAAGGCGAGCCCGCUGGACGCCGACGUCGUCGUCGUCGACGAGAGCUCCAUGCUCGACCUCCCGCUGUGCGCGGCGCUUCUCGACGCGGUCAAACCGGACGCGCAGGUCGUGUUCGUCGGCGACGCGGACCAGCUCCCGAGCGUGGGCCCCGGGAGCGUCCUUCGCGACGUGCUCCAAUCCCGCGCGGUUCCCGCGGUGCAGCUCAGCGAGGUGUUUCGCCAGGCGGAACAGAGCGGGAUCAUUCGAGCGGCGCACUCGAUGAACGCGGGGCGGAUCCCGGAGGUGCCGACGCGGCGGUGGGACGACGCGACGCGGACGAUCGUGGGCCCGGGCCCGGGCGGCGGCGGCGGCUCGAGCUCGAACGCGAACCAGAGUGGGCCGCUCUCGUACCAGACCGAGACUUGGGAGGGCGCCGACUGCGUGUGGGUGACGGUGCCCGAGGACGGCGAGAACGCGUACGAGGGCGCUCUCGCGGCGUUGUUCGACGGCGCGCUUCCCGCGCUGGACGGUCUGAACCCGACCACGGAUCUGCAGGUGUUGACGCCGUUCCGCAGAGGCGUCGCGAGCACGUCGCAGCUGAACGUGUUUCUUCAGGAGAGGCUCAACCCUCCGAGCGACGGACGGCUCGAGACCAAGGCGGGCGAGAUCACGUUUCGCGAGGGCGACCGCGUGCUGCAGCAGCGGAACGACUACGUGAAGGAAGUCUUCAACGGCGACCUCGGCACCGUCGACGCGGUGAACGGAGACGGGAGCGUGCGCGUCGUCUUCGGCGGCGCCGCGGCUGCCGCCGCGCUCGUCCCCGCGAGAGAGGUGACGUACUCUCGCUCGGAGCUGCGAGAUUUGCUCCCCGCGUGGGCGCUCACCGUGCACAAGGCGCAAGGGUCGGAGUACAAGGCCGUGGUCUUGUGCCUCGCCGAGAAUCAUCGCCCGCUGUUACGGCGCGAGCUCGUGUACACCGCGGCGUCGAGGGCGAAGGAGGUGCUCGUGAUCUUGUCGCCGGAGCGCGCGCUGCGGACGGCGGUGCAGACGGUGGGGAAUAACUCGCGGAACACGAGCCUCGCCCGGCGGCUGUCGCCGCACGGUCGGCGGGCGCCGUCGUGUCCGUCCGAGGCUGCGAUCGCGGCGGCGGGGGAGGUGAAGGCGAAGCGCGAGGCGGCGGCGGCGGCGGCGGCGGCGGGGCGGCCGCGGACGGGGGACGUAGACGUCGCGUGA